ACAAACAUUAGGAUGUAGCUUCUUCUCUCAACACCCAAAACCAAAACCAAAAUCAACCUUCACAAUUCACAGAGCUCAAAAAUCUCUCUCCGCCUUUCUUCACCCUCUCUCUUAAACUCUUAUUUCUUCCCUCUAAUUUGUACUGUUUCUCCCAUUUUCAACCUAAAUUCAAACUAUUAUAAGUCUUUCUACCACUUUUUCUUCCUUGUCUUUCGAUGUUUUUUGUGAGUUGAAAGUUUGUAGAUAUUUCGUCUCCAACGAAAAGGAUAACAAGAAAUUUUCAUUUUCCGGUGAUUACAGCUGUAUGAUGUGUUGAAAUCAAGAGGGAAGGAUUUUUAAGGUAAUUUAUGUUUUAAGCGAUGAAGAGGUCUAGAGAUGACGUUUACACGGGGACUCAAGUCAAACGGCCUCAACCUGCUAAUUCGUUCCGUGGUGAAACUUCUGGGCAGCCUCAAAUGGUUGGAGGUGGCGGAAGUGGUGCGGCUGCGCCACAAAGGUUAACGACUAAUGAUGCCCUAGCUUAUCUGAAGGCAGUUAAGGAAAUGUUUCAAGAUAAAAAAGAGAAAUACGAAGAGUUUUUGGAAGUUAUGAAGGAUUUCAAAGCUCAGAGGAUUGAUACCACAGGUGUAAUUGCAAGAGUUAAAGAAUUGUUCAAAGGGCAUCGCAACUUAAUUCUAGGGUUUAAUACCUUUUUGCCUAAAGGUUAUGAAAUUACCCUUCCUCCCGAGGAUGAUCCUCCUGCAAAGAAGCCGGUUGAAUUUGAGGAAGCGAUUAGUUUUGUCAACAAAAUUAAGGCGCGUUUCCAAGGUGAUGAUCGUGUUUACAAGUCAUUUCUUGACAUUCUAAACAUGUAUCGGAAAGAAAACAAGACCAUUAGUGAGGUCUACCAGGAGGUGGCUACGCUCUUCCAAGACCAUCGAGACCUUCUUGAGGAAUUUGCUCAUUUUCUUCCUGAUACUUCAGCAGCAGCACCAGGUCAACAUGGACCUGGUAGAAAUUCUAUUUUGCGGGACAGGAUGCCUAGUACAAAGCCGAUGCAUUUUGACAAGAAGGACCAGGAUAUCAACGUUGGUUGCUCUGAUCUCGACAAUGAUAAACUGAUGGAAGUAGAGCGAGAGCAAAGGAGAAGGGUUGACAAAGAACGAGACAAAAAAGAUGUUGUACACAGGGAUGAAGACUCUGUUACAGACCAAGGUGCUGAAAACUGUGGACCGCGUGUUCCUGGGUCUUAUGAUGAUAAGAAUUCUCUAAAAAGUAUGUACAGCCAAGAAUUUGCAUUUUGUGAAAAAGUCAAGGAGACAUUGCAUAGUCCUGAGGAUUAUCAGGAAUUUUUAAAAUGUCUUCACAUAUAUAGCAGGGAUAUUAUCACAAGACAAGAAUUGCAUUCUUUGGUGGGUGAAAUACUUGGAACAUAUCUCAUGGAGGGAUUUGAUGAGUUCUUGACACGUAGUGAGAAAAUUGAUGGUUUUCUUGGUAGCGUUAUAAGUAAAAAAUCUUUGUGGCCAGAAUCUCUGUCCAGCGACGGUCCAUCAAAAUCAGUGAAAGCUGAGGAUAGGGAUCAAGGAGAAAUUGGAAGAUAUGAUAGGGAUAGAGAUCGCGAAAGCAGAGAAAGGGAUCGCACUGAUAGAAGUGCUCUUUAUGGGAACAAAGAAGUUGCAAACCUGAGGAUGUCUUUAAAUUCGAACAAGGACAAGUAUAUAGGAAAACCUAUACAAGAGCUUGACCUCUCCAAUUGUGAACGCUGCACGCCUAGUUAUCGACUUCUUCCCAAGAAUUAUCCCAUACCUAUGGCAAGCCACAGAACAGAUCUUGGAGCUAAAGUGUUGAAUGAUCAUUGGGUCUCUGUCACUUCUGGAAGUGAGGAUUAUUCAUUUAAACACAUGCGGAAAAAUCAGUAUGAGGAGAGCCUUUUCCGAUGCGAAGAUGACAGGUUUGAGCUAGACAUGCUGUUGGAGUCUGUGAAUAUUACAAUUAAGCGUGUGGAGGACAUUUUGGAUAAAAUCAACUCCAACAUAAUUAAAACAGAAAAUCCUAUUCGGAUAGAGGAUCACUUUACAUCUAUAAAUUUAAGAUGCAUAGAACGAUUGUAUGGGGACCAUGGUCUUGAUGUCAUGGACGUGUUGAGAAAAAAUGCAAUUCUUGCUUUGCCUGUUAUAUUGACUCGUUUGAAACAAAAACAAGAAGAGUGGGCCAGAUGCCGAGCUGAUUUCAAUAAGGUGUGGGCUGAAAUAUAUGCUAAAAAUUAUCACAAAUCACUUGAUCAUCGUAGCUUUUACUUCAAGCAGCAUGACACAAAGAGCUUGAGUACAAAAGCUUUAUUGGCAGAGGUUAAAGAGAUCAGUGAGCAGAAAGGCAAAGAGGAUGAUGUACUUGCUGUUGCCGCUGGAAACAAACGAACCAUCGUUUCCCAUAUGGAAUUUGAGUACCCUGAUGCAGAAAUACAUGAAGAUUUGUAUCAACUCAUGAAAUAUUCCUGUGGUGAAGUUUGUACGGCUGAACAGGUUGAUAAAGUGAUGAAAAUCUGGACAACUUUUCUCGAACCCAUGCUUGGUGUGCCUGCUCGAGCUCAUGGUGCAGAAGACUCUGAAGAUGCUGUGAGAGUCAAGGAGGAUAUCAGAGCCGAAGACCCUGCUACUGGUGAGAGUGAUAGAAGCCCUGAUGGUUCUGCUGCUAUUCACAAACAUGAAGGUAGUCCACCGGAACAAUCCAGUUCUGGCAAUCAUGCGAAAGAUAAUGGAUAUCCUGAUGGCAGUAGCAAUGCCCUGCAUCAAGGUAGAACACAGAGUAACAGCAACAUGGUUGAUCAGAUAUCUAGUCUAGGAAAACAACCCACUUCCAAUGAACAAUUAAGCACUACUCGUGCGUCUCUUCCAUAUGGAGUUGAGCAAUUUCAUGGAAGAAACGUUGAAAACUCUUCAGGUCAUAUUGCUACACUAUCAAGAGUUGGAAAUACGGCAGAUGACAUUGGUCUUGAGUCGAGAUCUAAUGGUGGAAAUUUGACUUCAAUGGAGGUUGCUGAUUCUUCUAAGCCACUUACCACAUCAAAUGGAGUGCCAGGAGCCAACAAAGAUGUUAAAUACUGUGAAUUGUCUAAUGGACAUACUAAGGCUGAAAGAGAGGAGGGUGAGUUGUCUCCAAAUGGAGAUUUUGAGGAAGAUAAUUUUGCACUUUAUGGAAAUGCGGCAACAGAGCCUGCUAAUAAGCCAAAUGACGGUGCUUCAAAUGCACCACGUCCAAGCAGACAGAGACGUGAGGCACAUGAUGGUGAGGCUGGAGGUGAAAAUGAUGUAGAUGUUGAUGAUGAAGGCGAGGAAAGUGCUCACAGGUCAUCUGAGGACAGUGAGAAUGUUUCAGAGAAUGGGGAUGUUUCCCCCAGUGAAUCUGGUGAGAGAGAGGAUUGCUCUCCUGAUCAAGAUGAAGUAGAACAUGAUGAGAAUGAUAACAAGGCAGAGAGUGAAGGUGAGGCUGAAGGAAUGGCAGAUGCACAAGAUGGAGAUGGGACAUCAUUGCCUCCCUCAGAACGCUUUCUGCAAACAGUGAAGCCUCUUGUAAAGCAUGUACCUACAGCUUUAAACGAAAGAACAAAGAGUUCCCGCAUCUUCUAUGGCAAUGAUUCCUUUUAUGUGCUCUUUAGACUACAUCAAACUCUGUACGAUAGAAUACAAUCGGCGAAGAUUAACUCGUCUUCUGGUGACAGGAAAUGGAAAUGUUCACUUGAAACAGUUCCGACUGACCUGUAUUCAAGGUUUAUGAAUGCACUAUAUAGUUUGGUUGAUGGUUCAUCUGACAAUACUAAAUUUGAGGAUGAUUGCCGAGCAAUUGUUGGUACCCAGUCAUAUCUUCUGUUCACUUUAGACAAACUCAUAUACAAGCUUGUCAAACAGCUUCAAAUAUUGGCCACUGAGGAAAUGGACAACAAGCUUCUUCAGUUAUAUGCAUAUGAAAGCUCUAGAAAACCAGAGCGAUUCUUGGAUGUCGUUUAUCACGAAAAUGCUCGUGUUUUACUUCAUGAGGAGAACAUAUACCGCAUUGAAUGCUCAUCCUCACCGACUCGCUUGUCUAUUCAAUUAAUGGAGAAAGGGCAUGAAAAACCUGAAGUUUCAGCUGUGUCAUUGGACCCCACUUUUUCAGCCUAUCUACAUAAUGAAUUCCUCUCAGUCGUCCCAGAUAAGAAAGAGAAGACUGGGAUUUUUCUAAAGAGGAGUAAACGCCAGCAUACUAGUGGAGAUGAAAUCUCCAGUGCUUCCUUUGUCAUGGAAGGAGUUCAAGUUGUCAAUGGUUUAGAGUGCAAGAUAGCUUGCAAUUCGUCCAAGGUGUAUUAUGUAUUAGACACUGAAGAUUUCUUUUACCGGAAGAUAAGAAAUAGGAGAACUUUGCGUGUGAGCAGUGCUUGCAAUGACCAGGCGAAGUCACAAAAGGGCUCUUCUCGCAGAUUAGAUCCUUUUAGCAGAUUGCUUUCGAGCUCACAAUGAUGCAUAGCAAUGUGACCCUUAGAUUUGUUGGUCAAGGUGUAGAUUGAUGCAUUUUUCACUGCUGUAUCGAUGGUUGUCAUGCUCAUGCCAAUAUCACUUGAGACAUUAUGGUACUUUUAUGAGAUGCAUGCGUUGCUCACUUAACUCUCGCAAUGCUGUGGGGGUUGCUAAAGCAAGGCUUACUGUUGCUGGUGAACAAAUUUUCAUGUAUCAGAAAAUGAGUAAGCUACAUUUCCUACUCCAUAGGAAUUUUUAUUUAAUGCCUGCACUAUUUAUGAAGGAUAUAAUAAUUUAAGCAAACCGAUACUAGUUAUGAGAAUAUGGUGAAGAAAGUAAUAUAGUCGUCAUUUCUAUAUGGAACAGUGAAAGGGAAAAAGAAAGCAAUAGAGUUUCUACUUGGCUACUUGCUAGUUUGUUGUAGACGUAUUCCCUACAAAUUCCUUCCUUCCAACUGAAUAAAGGGAACGAUAAUUGGCGAUAGUGCAGUAUAAUGUAUGUUUGUUGCAAUUGUACCACAAUCUGUGUAAAUAUAGCUAAUAUCAUUUCAUUCAUUUACAUUACUGAUCAAUUUUAGUUCCAUCCUAUAUCCCUUUUUGGUCAUUUCCUUUUUUGCCUUGUCAGGUUUGUAAGUUCAUAUGAAUAUUGUCAAUAUUUGCAGCCAUGCUGCCAAUUUAGUAAAGGAAUUAAUUGAAGUUUUUUCUUUCA